CUGAAAGGAGCCCCUAUGAUUCACCGUAUGAUUGCUUCGUCAGAACAUGCAGCACAUGCACGCAGUGCAUUCCAGCGUUAUUUUGUGGUGUCGAGUAGCUGCUUUUUGCUCUAAAAACCUUUGACAUUCUCACCAAAAUGCCAUAUUUUGCUGAAGGUACUGGGAUUCCGAUCCGCAGUAUCAAUGCGGGGACUGCUUCUGCGUCUGCUUCAUCAGAACCGCAAGUCCCAGAUCGAGUUCGCAUCAAGAACCGGCGGAAAAGAUAUUUGGAUACACACCCCGAAUAUUUCGGUCCGCAGCUUGAGUUGGCAGAUCCAUUGAUGUAUGACCGGCUGGUAAGGCGAUUCCAGACCGCCGCAGAACGUGAGGCCGAAGGUCGACAAAAAGGUUACUCUGGCAUACUAGAGGCCGACAUUUACCGUAGCGAAGCGAAACUGGACGCACUCCGCAACCCUGACCCGAACAGCAUGUUCACGUACAAGCGAGGCCCGAAUGGCGAGAUCUUUGCAGAAGAGCAAGACGAAGUACCCGCAAAUAAAGAGGAGGGAUUGGCGCGGUGGCGGUGGGAGAUGGAGACGCGGUUUUUAAGAGGUGGAGAUGAGGACUUUGACUACGGCACUGUCGACAAGAAUCCAGACUAUGAUGACCGGAUGACUGAGGAACGGGAUGCCGAAGACAGAUACUUUGAGGCGGAAGAGCCUGAAUUUGUGGACGAUCAUGAAGGGGCGACAAAGAGGAAGAGCACGGAGCUGCAGGGAGAGACUGGUGUCCAGGAUUUCUGAUCGUCUGCGCUAUCAAUUGGGCCGAGUCGAAGCCCCUCAACUGGGAUCGGCCCACAUCGACCUGAAAUUCCCGAGCAGCACCAGCGUCCGGGAUGGCGUGGUGGGAGACCCUCAGCUGCACCCCAGGAAAGAAUGCUGCACGA